AUGACAAAAGCGUAUACUAUCGUUAUUAAGCUGGGCAGUUCAUCGCUUGUCGACGAAAGUACAAAAGAGCCAAAGUUGUCCAUCAUGACGUUAAUCGUUGAGACCGUGACGAACCUUAAACGAAUGGGCCACAAAGUGAUUAUCGUAUCCAGCGGCGGUAUUGCCGUUGGUUUGGACGCGCUCAAUAUCCCGCACAAGCCCAAGCAGUUGUCUGAAGUGCAAGCGAUUGCCGCUGUCGGACAAGGCCGUCUCAUCGCACGCUGGAAUAUGCUAUUUUCUCAAUAUGGCGAGGAAACUGCACAAAUCCUGCUCACACGUAACGACAUAUUGCGUUGGAACCAGUACAAUAACGCACGCAACACAAUCAACGAACUGUUGGCCAUGGGCGUCAUCCCCAUAGUAAACGAAAACGAUACGCUAUCCAUCAGCGAGAUCGAAUUCGGCGAUAACGACACGCUUUCUGCCAUCACCGCUGCUCUCGUGGGUGCAGAUUUCCUGUUCUUGCUCACAGACGUGGACUGUCUAUACACAGACAAUCCACGCACUAACCCUGACGCUCGCCCCAUUGUCCUCGUCCCGGAGCUAUCUGAGGGCCUGCCGGGCGUCAACACUUCCAGCGGUUCAGGGUCCGAGGUUGGCACGGGCGGCAUGCGCACCAAACUCAUAGCCGCCGACCUCGCCUCUAAUGCCGGUAUUGAAACUAUUGUGAUGAAGAGCGACCGGCCAGAGUACGUCCCGGAGAUCGUUGACUACAUUCAGCAUCACUUCCGCCCUCCACGCCAUACCGGAAACGGCACACAGCAGCAAUUUCUCGAACUCCAGGAUGCGGAGCUCGAACAGCUGCGCCGCCACAAUGUUCCCAUGCACACCAAGUUCUUGGCUAACGACAACAAGCACAAGCUUAAGAACAGGGAGUUUUGGAUACUCCAUGGGCUCAUUACCAAGGGCGCCAUUAUCAUCGAUGAGAACAGUUAUGAUCGACUUUUGUCAAAGGACAAGGCUAGUUUGACUGCAAACGCCGUAAUUGAAGUCCGGGACAACUUUCACGAGCUUGAGUGCGUGGAUCUCAAGAUCGGUAAGCGGUUACCCAAUGGUGAAUUAGAUAUCUCGAAGCCGGUUCAGUCCGUGGGGCGCGUCCGCUCCAAUUAUACAAGCCUGGAGCUUGCGAAGAUUAAGGGCUUGCCCAGCGAGAAAAUUCACGAUGUUUUGGGCUACAGUGUAAGCGAAUACGUAGCCCAUAGAGAAAACAUUGCCUUCCCUCCGCAAUUUUGA